AGAUUGAUAUUCACAACCACCACCAGAUGCCGCUCUUUCUGGGUCAAAUUACCGGAACCUGAGAAUAUAUCUUUCCUCUCCUCCCAGUUCUCCUGUUCGUAGUGAAACUUCCGUGUUGCUGAUGGGUAUUGUAAACAAGCGGACUUUUGGAAUUGUCAUAGCUCUUGAGGAAAAACUAUCUUCAAAAACAGAAAGGAGAAACGGAACUGUUUCUAGAACUACUAGAUAGAUGAUGAGUUCUUGGACAAUCUUGAAAACUGUUUAUGACUAAAGAGAGAAAUCUUCUGCAUUCCAGAUUAAGAAACUUUCUGAGUGAGUUUAUUUUGUUGUUUCAGCCCAGAAAUGCCACCAAUAUUCCCAGAUUACAGGGAGAAAUACAGAGACUGUGUUAGAAAGAAAUACCAGACACCAGAAGAUGGGAAUGCUUGCCACAGGGCUCAUCUGUAUCUAAAUGAAAGAUGCACUAAACUAAUUAGUGCAAAUGUAAAGGAAGGAGAGCAUGACAUAUUGAACAGGCCAUGGAGACAUACAGGGAUCAUAUCGGAGCAAACAGCUGCUAUUACCAUAGAUUCCCUCUUUGGUGAAGACACUGACAGAGCGCAGACAGCUGUGCUUCUGGGAGCGGCUGGUGUUGGGAAAACCACGAUGGCAAGAAAGAUCUUGCUGGACUGGGCAGCUGGAAGGCUCUUUCCUGACAGAUUUGAUUCUGUAUUCUACUUAAGCUGUAGGCAAAUGAAUCUUGUUGUAGGGCAGACUAGUUUGGCUGACUUGAGUUUAAAUAGCCACCCUGAAUUUACUCAAAAAGAAGCACAACAAGAACUUCUAAUGAGUCCUGGUAGACUGCUCUUCAUAGUUGAUGGCUUUGAUGAACUGAAUUGUUCCACUGAGCAAGAGGAAGGCAACCUGAGUACUGAUCCCCAUGAGAGGAAGCCAGUGGGAAUCCUGCUGAGCAGUUUAUUCCAGAAAACUCUUCUUCCCGAGGCCUGCUUAAUAAUCACAACCAGGCCAAAUGCUUUGGGGAACCUUGAGAAGUGCUUACAAUCUCCUUGCUAUGUGGAGCUCCUGGGAUUUUCUGAGGAGGGGAAAGAAGAAUAUUUCCACAAGUUCUUUGGGGAUAAAGCAUUGGCCACACAGGCUCUUAAUUACGUUAAAGGGAAUGAAGCAUUUUGGACUGCAUGCUUUGUCCCUAGUGCGUGCUGGCUUAUCUGCACUGUGAUGAAACAACAGUUAAGUGGUAGGGAAGAUCUAGUGCCAAUGUGUGAAAACCUCACUGCAGUGUAUGCACUCUCUCUCUCUCAUUUGUUGACUGAGUCUCCCUGCAAUAGAUCAGAGCAACAGAAUGUGAGAGGGUUUUGCUCACUGGCUGCUGAUGGAAUCUUGCAAAAGAGAGCCUUGUUCAAGGAAGACGAGAUCCGGAAGCAAGGUUUAGAUCCUCUCUCUUCCACUUUGUGUGAGCAUCUUUUUCAAAAAGAUCCUGAUUGUUCUGGCAUCUACAGCUUCAUCCACUUCAGUCUGCAAGAGUUUCUUGCCGCUUUGUUCUGCCUUUUUGAAGAUGGCCCUGAAGAUUCUCAGACCACCAAGCAAGAUAUCAACGUGUUGCUUGAAAGCUGUCACAAAGAUCAAGGAGAUGUAACCUUAAUUGUGCAAUUCAUCUGUGGCCUUUUAAACAGAGAAAUAAUGCAAUAUAUAAAAGACCAAUUUGGGUGGAAAAUAUCCUCUGCGGUUAAGACUAAUGUACUGGAGUGGCUUAAAGGAGACACACAGAAAACAUUAGCUUAUCCCAAUUAUGAUCAACUGGAGCUCUUUCAUGCUUUGUAUGAGAACCAUGAGGAGGAAUUUGUUCGAAGUGCACUUGCUCAUUUGACUGAAAUAACAAUGGACAGGUUGAAAUUUACACCCAUGGAUCAAGCGGUUCUCUCUUUUUGCAUAAAGAACUGCUUAAAUUUGGAGGCCCUUUCCCUGUAUACAUGUGUGUUUCUGUCAAAGGACCAUGAGGCAGAAGAACUUCUGGGAUUGUCUAGCUGGUCAUCUCAACCAUGUCAGAAGACACGGAAGCAUUCACCAAUUUAUCUGCUCUGCGAAGCGCUGAAAGACUCAAACAGUAAAAUAAAGAAACUGGAGCUUGAUGGAUGUAAACUCACCGACAGUUGCUGUGCAGAUCUCUCCACUGUUCUCUCCACAUGCCAAAUGCUGGUAAAUCUGAGUUUACAGAUGUCUAAUCUGAAAGAUUCUGGAGUGAGACUGCUGUGUGAAGGCCUGAGUCACCCAAACUGCAAACUAGAGAAACUUGAGUUGUGGGACUGUGACCUGACCCAUGCUGGCUGCAGGGAUCUCGCUGUCCUUCUCGGGACCAGCCAGGCCUUGACCGAGCUGAAGCUGAGUGAGAAUUCUUUGCUGGGAGAUCAAGGAGUUGAGCUGCUGUGUCAAGGACUGAAACAUCCCGACUGCACGCUGCAGAGCCUGGGGUUGGAAGACUGUAAGCUCACGGCUCCUGGCUGUCAGGCUCUUGCCUCUGUUCUGGGCACCAGCCAAAUGCUGACAAAACUGCACCUGGGAAACAAUGGACUGGGAGAUGCAGGAGUGAAGCUGCUCUGUGAGGGACUGAAACAUCCCAAGUGCAAACUGCAAACUCUAUCACUGGCUACUUGUGAGCUGACAUCUGCCUGUUGUGGGGAUCUUUCCUCUGUGUUGAGUGUCAGUCAGACAUUGACAGAGCUGGUCCUGGAAUACAACAAACUGGAAGACACAGGAGUGAGGCUGCUCUGUGAGGGACUCAAACAGCCAAACUGCAAACUGCAAAUAUUGGGGUUGGGGCAGUGCAAUGCAACAGCUGCUUGUUGUGGGGAUCUUGCAUCCAUUUUCGCCACCAACCAGGCUCUGAUGGAGCUGGUUGUGGAAUUUAACCCCCUGGGUGAUUCAGGAGUGACGCUUCUGUGCCAGGGACUGAAGCAUCCACGUUGCAAACUGCAGACACUAAACUUGUACAAUUGUGACCUCAGUGCUGCUUGCGGUGGGGAUCUUGCCUCUGUCCUCUGCAGCAGUCAGACACUGACAGAACUGCUACUGGGAGGCAACUCACUUGGAGACCUGGGAAUGAAGCUGCUGUGUGAGGGGCUGAAACAUCCAAACUGCAAAUUGCAGAAACUGUGCUUGUGCGAGUCCGAAAUCACAGCAGCUAGUUGUGGGGAGCUCUCUUCUGCUCUCAGCACAAACCAGAUGCUGGAAGACAUUGAUUUAUGGAACAACCAGUUGGGAGAUUCAGGAGCGAGGCUGCUUUUUGAGGGGCUGAAACAACCAACCUGCAAACUUCAGAUUUUGUCAAUGUGUAAUUGCAAGUUGACAGCAGCUUCCUGUGGCGACAUCUCCUCUGCUCUCUGCACCAAUCAGAAUCUGAAGGAGCUGCGGUUGGAUGCGAAUGAACUGGGAGAUUCAGGGGUGAUGUUGCUGUGUCAGGGGCUGAAACACCCCAAUUGCAGACUGAAAAAAAUAGGGUUGGACAGUGACCAGUUAACUGCAAAGACAGUGAGGAUGCUGAGUGCCCUGAAAAAGAUGAAGCCGGAUCUCCUUAUAGACAUCUAGAGGGCAACAGUGAGAUGGGGCAGGAACAGACAAGUAAAGAAUACCAGGAUAGCAACACUGGGGGGAUUUCACUGAAGGGUGUCCUCUUUAUGUAUCAACAGAGACAAUAUUCUGGCUCCCCUUCCAGGUGGUAGCCAAACCAACAGGCAGGAUGGGAAAGAAAAGGAUAUGACUCUUCCAAGAUCCUCCUGGAGACCCUUCCACCUACUCCCACAGCUUGGAAUUUCAGCUGCCAGCUUUCUUUAUUGGUCUGGAGGCUAAAUGUCUUUUGUGUGCUGAAUAGAGCAGGAUUCUUCAUUGGCAUCAAACCGAAGUGUGUCCUCCUGACUAAUUGCUUAUUGCACCCAUGUGACACUCCAGCCAAAGCGGAAUACUCUGCACGGUUCCCCCGGCACCAUGUGAAGAUUAUCAUUCUCACCAUGCAGUGCUGCACUUUGCUUGGUGCUGGAGUGCUCCUUUAAGGGAAACGGAGCUGUCUUGAGCCUCUGCACUAAGUGGUUUUGUUACACCUGAAAAAACAACAUUUUUUUUAAAAAACAAAUGCACUACACUCAAGUUGGUUUGUGAUCCAAAAGGUUUGCAUGAAAACUGUGAAGCGAAGGUCAUGUGCUGUGGUUUUAUCCACCACCACCCCCGCCUGUCACCGCCUUAUGAAUGCUCUAUAUGUCCAAGUUGGUUUUGUGUUUGAAUUGUGGAGCCUCUCAAUUAGUUUGUGAAUGGUCAGGAAGCUGUGUAAAUCCAUUGGGGCUUGUGUAGUCUCCUCCACCUGCCUUUCCCCCCAGUGUACUCUGGCCCAGACCUAUUGGGGUUUUGGUGAAAUGUAUAUCAUACAGAGAGGAUGCUUAUUUUGCAGGGGGUCCCCCAUAAGCUCAUUAGGUCUAGAGUGCAAAAUUUCCUAGCUAUACAUGCUAUACAGCAUCUCUGAGCUGAGGAGACAGUCACAAGCCAGCAAGUCAAACAGGAAUUGAGAACAAGGCAAAGGUUACACCAAGCAGCCAGCCAGGAGAACCCUCAAUAUCAGGGAACCCUGAUACUGAGGCAAGGCCUGCACUAGCCAGGAAACCUCCUGUACUUCCUGCUUCAGAGAGAGCCAAUACUGAUUCUUCAGAAACGUUCUUGCCCAGGGCUUAAAGACUAGAAACCCUGCUGCAGUGCAUUGACCUGCCACAAGGGGCAGCAAUGUGCAUAACUUGGACCAGGCAGAACCGGACACCUAUGAAAGACUGCAAUGCAUUCUGCGGAAUCCCUUCUUUUUGACUUGCAAGAACAACUCUGUACACUGCUGCUGGUGUUAUAGGUGCACCACAGGCAGUGAAAUGAUCAGGGAAGAUGGCUGUUUGCCCUAGACAGUUGCUCUGGAGGACUAGGAUCAUAGGAAGCUGACGUAUACAGUCAGACCAUGGGUCCAUCUAGCUCAGUAUUGUCUACACAGACUGGCAGCAGCUUCUCCAAGGUUGCAGACAGAAGUCUUUCUCAGCCCAAUCUUGGAGAUGCCAGAGAGGGAACUUGGAACUUUUUGUGUGCAAAUGCUCUUCCUAGCGCGGCCCCAUCUCCUAAGGGGAAUAUCUUACAGUGCUCACACAUGUCUCCCAUUCAAAUUAAAACCAGGGUGGACCCUGUUUAGCAAAGGGGACAAUUCAUGCUUGCUACCACAAGACUAGCUCUCCUCUCUCUUCACCUCCACCAGGAACCAGGGGCACACCUAUCUGAUUUGGGUGCCCAGACCUCCCAGCUGCAACUUCCCUCCCCGCACAAAGCCCCCCCCAACCUACUUUUGCAGGGCCUUGCCAAACCUCCAUUUUUUCCCCUUUUACUACAGCCGUCACGCUGCCGAGGGGUAGCUGCUGGGGGUGAGCGGAGCAGUCCUUCUCUGCUCUUCCCCCUCCAACAGAGGCGGCAGCAGCAGCAGCUGGAGUGACACUGGGCCUGUCUGCUCAGGCCAGCCUCUUCUGCCAGCUGCAAGGCACACCUGAGAAAUCAUCGCAAGCCUGUCAUGCCAGCACAGUUGAGAGAUAGUUGCAAGCCCGUGAGGUCACAGCCUUGCAACAAUCUCUCAACUGUGCAAGCACGCCUCACAGUUGGCAGAAGACGCUGGCCCGAGUGGACCGCCCCAGUGUUGCUCCGGCCACUGCAGCUGCAAAAGGGGGGAUGGGGAGAGCAGAGAAGGACUGCUCUGCUCACCCCCCAGCAGCCACAUCUCAGCCGCGUGGUGGCUAUAAUUAAAAAAAAACAAAACAUGGAGGUGGGGCAGGUGCAGGACAGCUGCCAGAGGCCCACCAGCCAUUUGGUGCCCCCCCCAAACAUUGGAGGCCACGGACCGGGGCCCCAAGGUCUGGGGGUUAGAGCGUCUCUGCAGAAAGGGGCAGGCAUUCCAUUAUCACAACAUACAAAAUGAUUCAAUACUGAAUAACGAAUGGGGUGGGGUGGGGGGAGCCAUAACCUAUCCAGAGCAGAUCCAUUAAACCACAGCAAUACAUAAAUUCUUACAAUGACCAGUAAUUUCAACAGUCUUGUGCAAGAACCAGAUGGACUGAAACUAUAAUAAUUACAGAUUUAUUUAUUUAUUUGUUA